AUGUCAAUUGAUCCAUCGGCAGUCGUAAAAAUUGGAUAUAAAAGUAUAAAGUUCAUUAUCGAGUUUAUUGAAAUCGUUGAAAGUAACAAAGAAGAAUCAAAGAAAUUGAUUGAUCGUCUUGCUCGUAUUCAAUAUAUCAUUGACAAAAAUGAAUCUGAUCUCAAGAUGAUCCUACGAUUACAACAAAUUGUUGGUACAACAAAUAAAAUUGCUGAAAAAUACCGUGCUGACUAUGAAGCAUCCUGUUUUUCAUCAUGGAAAGUCUGUUGUCAAAAGUUGAAAACAGCAAAAGAUUACCAGAUUAUACGAGAGAACAUUGAAAAGAUGAACAAUGAAGUAGAUCGUGUUGUGGGCGAUACACAUAUUUGUUUGACAGUGGACGUACAACGACAAAAUAAUCAAAUUAUUGGAAUUACGGUCAGUAUUCGAGAACAGCUGUCAGAAAUACAGAAAAAACAAAAUGAAAUACAUGAUGAUAUCAAGGAAUUGAAACAAAGACAAAAACCUAAAGUAUAUACCGAACAAAAAUUUAAAUGUAUCAUUGAUAAACUAAAACAAGAAUAUUCCGAUAAAUAUUCAAAGAUUCAACGAUUGAUAACAGAUAAAUCAUAUCCGAUUGAACAAAGUUACGUUAAUUUGGCUAUUAUUGAAAAUUCAGAAAAACAACCAUCUCAAAAUCAGAAACAAGAUUUAAGUACAAUUGGUUGUACAACAUAUGAACAAAUAUAUGGAAACAAAGAACCAAUUAAUGUCAAAGAUUUAUUCAAUCAUCAUGAAAACAAACCACGAAAACGACUUUUAGUUUACGGACGGGCGGGGAUUGGCAAGACAACAUUGUGUCAGUAUGUGGCAUAUCAAUGGGCUAAAGGUCAACUUUAUCAACAAUACAAAUGUGUAAUAUGGAUACGUCUCAGAAAUUUAUCAAAGAAUUUAUAUCAACUACGACAAGCACAACCAUAUAUACUUAGCGAAAUAGUAAAACAAGAAUGUUUUAAAACACAAACACUCAAUGAUGGUGAAGAAGAAAUGCUCAACAGUUUGCUUAGAAAUAUUUCUUCAGACAUACUUUGGUUAUUGGAUGGUUAUGAUGAAUUGAACGUUCCAGAUCGUUUACAAGCUCCUUUAGAAGAAUUAAUGAACAAACAAUAUCAAAUAUUAACAUCACGUCCAUCGACAAAAGUACCGUACCGAUACGACGUUGAAUUAGAAAUAACCGGAUUUAAAGAAAGUGAUGUUCAAGCGUAUGUUAAACAUUUCUUUGAAGAUAAAGCAAACGAUGGUGAAAAAAUGAUAACUUUUCUUAAAGCAAGCCCAAAUGUGUGGGGAAUUGCCCAUAUUCCUGUCAGCUUGGAAAUUCUUUGUACGUCAUGGAAUGAAGAACAGCAACGGAGGCAACAACGACAAACAACAGUCACGGUAUUGUAUGACAAUAUGUUGGAAUGGAUGCUGAAACGAUACCUUUCAAGGUCAGUGUCAAUUUAUCAAAUUGCAAAACUGAACAAAGAAAGAGUUUUCGAAGAAUGUGAAAAAGAACUAGAGAUAUUAGACGAAAUUGCGUUUCGAUCGCUAGAGUCUAGUCAUUUAAUUAUUAGUGGUUUGAUGUGUAAUGAUAUAGUGAAACAGAAAUGUGAUGAAGGAAGUAAGAACAAAGAAAGAGAUGAAUGGAGUAGAAAAAUAAUCGAAAUUGGUCUUUUAAGAGCAUUAGAAAGUAAUGUGUUGAAAGAGGAAGAUAGAGAUUAUUAUUUCAUUCAUUUGUCUUUUCAAGAAUUUUUUGCAGCCCGAUAUGUAAACCGAUUGUUUAAGACGAAUAACAGCAAAAUGGGAAUUCAUUUUGUUCAACAAAACAAAUAUAAUUCACGUUUUCAACUAGUUCUCACGUUUCUUGCCGGUUUAUUAGAUCAACAAUUUGUUGAAGUAUUUUUUAAUACUCUCACUAGUGAACCAGUUGAUCUCAUUUUUGCUCGACAUUUACAAAUUUUGAUUGUCUGUUUGGAAGAAAUUAAUAUGAAACAACACCGAACAAUGAGUACAAAAGUUUUAAAACAAAUACAAAAGUACUUGAUAUUUAUUGUAAAAAAUCAAAAUGAUCAUGACUUGCAUUCAUUUGCAAAACCAUUUUUGGAAGUGUUAGGACGGAGUUUUAAUGUACUAUCGGAACUUGAAAUAGAAAGAACAAUGUUAAAAUUGUUAAAUGGUGAAGAAAAAUACUUUAUGGUUUCUAUAAUAGGAGAAAUUGGAAAUUGUUCUAUAAAUGUUUUUCGUCAAUUAAUUUUUUUAUUCAAUGACAGUAUACAAUAUAAAAGUAUUUAUUCAGAUCUUGCUAACACUGUAUGCACAUUAUUUCGUUCCUCUACUGCUUCAAAUGUUUUAAAUAGUCUACGAGUCCAAAAUGUUGAAGGACAGAGAAUAAUAGAAAAUACGAUAAAAAAUAUUUUAGAAUUAGUAAAAGAAGACUCACAAUUAAAUUAUUCUGCAAUAACACAUAAAAGAAAUUUUAAUGUUGCUGCUGCUAUUUUAACUCUAAAUGAGUUUGAAAAUUAUUUAACUCCUGAUAGUAUAAAGAAAAUACAAGUGAAUCUUAAAAUUGAUUACUCAUUAUUACAUGAUUUUGGCUACGAUUUAAAUAAAUCUAUUACAAAGCCAUUUGUAGAUGAAACUUUCCAUUUGCUGUCGAGCAACGAUGAAUUGGAAAGAAAUCAAGCCAUUGAAACAAGCUGUAGGUUGUGCCAUUUGGCUAAUGACAACAUUUGUGACAAACUAAUUGAUAUUCUAAAAACCACAUCAGAUGACGAAGUAAAAGAAGCGGUAUGUGAAGUGUUUCGAUAUCAAAACGCACAUGGAAAAAUAAAGUUUGGAACUGUAAAAAAAUUAGAGAAAACGUUCGAUGAAUACCAAACUGACGAAGUUAUAAAAUCGUUACUGGUAAAAAUAUUUGCCCAUGUUUUACAUAAUCAUAAGGAAUUUUUAGCAUCUUUUACAUCAAACAUUGUUGAUGAUAUAGCAACAUUUUGUUUGAAGCAGUUAGAUGAUUUUGAGAAUAUGGACCGAAGAAAAGUGAUUGAGCUCUUGAAGAUGUUGAUCUAUAAUUCGACUGUUUCUAAGAAAAUUAUGUUACACAUGUUGAAUUUAUUAGACGAUGGUUCCGGUUAUUUAUAUGAGGUUGCACUUGAUUUUUUUGAAAGCAUUAAAGAGGAAUUUGUGAACAAAUACGAUGUAAUUGAAAGAAUACUGAAUGCAUUUUCUACUUAUCAUCGGGAUUUAUGUCAGAAAACUACUGAAACGUUAAUUUCAAUUUGUAAAGAAACUGAAAAUACCGAUCUAUUAAAACCAUUAGAAAUGGUCAUAAUCAACAGCGAUGACCGAAAUGUGAAAUAUUUGGCAGCAAAAAUAUUAGGUGAAAUUGACAAAGUGUCUCAUGAAGUUUUAAGUCAAAUACUUGAUCAACUAAAGAACAUAAAUGAUUAUGAAAAACAGCAGCUAAUUAUUGAAAUGUUGUACUAUUUGCCAUUACCAGCAGCAUCAAAACCAGAAAUUGUUGAACAACUAUUUAGAUGUUUGGAAGAAGAUACAUUCGACUUUAAUCUACUUGGUUGGACAAUUGCUCAUAUAUGGCCAUACACAAAUGAUGAAAGUAUUUUAGAUCGAAUGUUAAAACUUUUUUCAGGUGAAACUGUAAAAAACCAGAAAGUGGUAAUGUUUAUACUCCAAGAAGUAGCAAAACACCCAAGAAGUUCUGUUAUUUUAAAUCAGUUGAUAGAUCGUGUGAAAAAACAAAAUGAUCAGGCCUGUAUUGAUGCUCUUCGUCUAUUUUGUUCGUAUAUUGAACAUCCAUUAACAGUUGUACACCUCGUAGAUGUAGCACAAAAAGAAAAAAAUACAAACAUUAAACAAAUUGUGACUGAAACACUUUUCAAAUUAGGAAGAAGAGAUGAAAAUAAUACUACAGUAAGAUUAAUUGAUGUAUUAGUUUAUAUUUAUAGAGAGUACGAUAAAAAGAAUGAUAGAACUAAAAUUAUCUCCUCUCUUUUAUCUUUCUGUAAUGACGAAACUAUUAGAUCUCUUUCAAUUAGUUGGGAGUUAAACUGGUAUGAAUUAAUUAUUCCAUUAGAACUACUUUACACAUAUUUAAUGACAAAUAAUCCAUUAUUGCUCGAAAUUAUUUUCUAUCAAGCAUUACCGCAUUCAAUUGCUAUAACAUUUGAUAAAAAUGAAAAAUGUAUACUUGUUUACCAAAAUAAUGGAUACACUAAAGUUACAUGCGAAAGCAUGAGCGUAUUAAAAGUUUUAAAGAAAAAAUUUUCAGAAUUUAGAUAUAGAUGUGGUUUAUCAGACGUUGAUGUAACAGAUGAAGAAAAGAAACAGCAAAUAUAUACAACCGUAGAAAGGAGGAAAAUUUCUACGAAAACGUUGUCAGUUAAAAAACAACCAAUAAUAAAAACAAUUACACAGAAAAAAAAGACAAAUUUGAUGCCAAAUGUGGAGUGUUAA